UCAGCCCAAGCCAGCCACAGCAAGCAAGCGGACGCAUUUCAGUCUACAUUUUUGGCGCGGUUUCUACAGUUUCUGCCUGUGCUUCGUUGUUGUUUUUGCUGAAGGGGAAGACACGCCAGGUUAUAGCAUGGGUUUGUGGGUGGACAAGCACCGUCCAGUGAGUCUGGCAAAGCUGGACUACCACAAGGAACAGGCGACGUAUCUCAAGAAGCUGGUGCAGGGCGGCGACUUCCCCCACCUGUUGGUGUACGGCCCGUCAGGGGCCGGCAAGAAGACGCGCAUCAUGUGCCUGCUGCGCGAGCUGUACGGAGCCGGCGUCGAGCGGCUGCGCAUCGAGCACCAGAACUUCAUGACACCGUCCAAGAAGAAAGUGGACAUCGUCACCGUGGCCAGCAACUACCACAUCGAGGUGAAUCCCAGCGACGUGGGCAUCUACGACCGCGUGGUGGUCCAGGAACUGCUCAAGACGGUGGCCCAGUCGCAGCAGCUUGAGGCAAACGCCCAGAGGGACUUCAAGGUGGUGCUUCUCGCCGAGGUGGACAAGCUGACCCGGGAGGCCCAGCACGCCCUGAGGCGCACCAUGGAGAAGUACAUGGCUAGCUGCCGCCUGAUCCUGUGCUGCAAUUCGUGCAGCAAGGUCAUCCCGGCCAUACGCAGCCGCUGCCUCGGUGUGCGGGUGGCUGCCCCUUCCCUCGAUCAGGUGGCGGACGUGCUGCGCCUGGUGUGCCGCAAGGAAGGGCUGCAGCUUCCGGACGCCCUGGCCCAGUCGGUGGCUGCCCAGAGCGGACGGAACCUGAGGAGGGCCCUGCUGAUGCUCGAGGCUUGCCGCGUCCAGCAGUACCCAUUCUCGGCAACGCAGGAGGUCCGGCGUCCGGACUGGGAGGUCUUCUUGGCAGCCACUGCCCACAUGGUGGUGCAAGAGCAGAGCCCCAAAAGGCUCUUCGAGGUGAGGGGCCGGCUGUACGAAUUGCUCACGCACCUGAUUCCCCCGGACGUCAUCUUCAAGGGCCUGGUGCGUGGGAUCUCUUCGAGCUGUGACGGCCAGCUGCGCUGCGCCCUGGUGUCGGAGGCGGCGCGCUACGAGCACCGGCUGCAGCUGGGCUCCAAGGCCGUUUACCACCUAGAGGCCUUUGUGGCGCGGGCCAUGGCCAUGUACAGGGACUUCCUUGAGGAGGCUGCGGGGGUGCUGUAGUAAAUCGAAGGAGGGAGGGCCGGCA